UUGUGCGUAAUUUCCUAAACCGGUUCUGAAUGAAGCGCUUCACAGAUAUUACAAAAGAUCACUUUUAAAGUAUGAAAUUUUAAAACAAUUAUUUUGUUUAGAGAAUUGUUUCAUUAGCAUACAAAAUAUUUAUAAAUUUCGAUACAAUAUUUUAGUAAAAAAUAUUAUAAAUCUUUAUUACGAAGGUUAUUUCUGGGAUAAUUAAUUAUGACAAUUUUUUAAUACAUUAAAAUCGCUUUUGUAACUUUUUUUUUGUACAUUUUAAAAUGAAAAAUUUCACUAUAUAUCAAAGAUAAAAGUGUAAAAUUUACAAAAACACAUAUUCAAUUUUUUUUAAAAAUUAUCAUCUGGUAAUACUUUUAAUUUUAAAAGCGCAAAUAAUGAAGAAAAUGUAAAAAUUUUACAUUAUUGUGAAAAUUGUAUCAUUUUAAAUGCAUAGUUUUUAAAAGAAUUAUAUAAAAAUCAUAUUUUCUAUAAUAUCAUACUAGUAAUAGAAGGCUAUAAAAAUUACGUAAAAGUAAUAAAUGUUUCAAAAAGCUUUAAAAAAUGGUUUAAAUCACUAUUUGAAAAUUAACAAAUUUGAGAAAUUGAUGAACGAUUCUAAAAAUUUUAUUCAAUUUUUAAAUGGAAAUAUUAAGAAAACUAUAACUAAUAGGAAAAUAAUAUUUCUCAGUACAAUAAUUUAAAUCCUUAAAAACAGGAUUAGAUAAAAAUUAUAUCUAAAUUUCAAUAAAGAGCUGAAAUAUUUGCAGUAUUAUUUCGUGUUAUUUGUUAUAUUUGUGCAGAGCGAGGCGCUUCAUAGAGAUUACAAAUGAUCAUUUUUUAACUUCAAAUUUUAUGACAAAUAUUGUGUUUAGAUAAUUGUUGAAUAACAUACAAAAUAUUUAUAUUUUAGAAAAUAAUAUUAAAACAAAAAAUAUUAUUAAACUUUAUUACAAAGAUCAUUUUCCAUGGUAGUUUUAUGAUAAUUUUCUGAUACAAUACAAUCUGAUUUCUGACUUUUCGUACAUUUUUAAAAUGGAAAGUUUUUACUAUAUAAUAAAAAUAUAAAAGUAAUUUUUAUUAAAACAGUUUUUCAAUUCUUUAAAAUUAAUCCUAUAGUAAUAUUUUUUCUUUUUUGAAUUCUAAAUGGUCUUCUUUUAGAAGAAAACUUGUGGUGUUUUUCGUGUAUCUUUAAGAAAGAUACUCUAGGUAUUUUUAAUUGUGAAUUUUAAUAACACUAUGAAAAGGCAAUAUUUUUCCCAAUAACGUUUUGAAAAUUUGACUUUUUAAAAAGCAAUUAAAUAAAUAAAAAAAAUUAUUUGUAAAAAAAGUCACAAAAAUUUACAAUAAAUUUCCGCCCAAAUCGAUCGUAUGGACGAAUUAUGACUACAUUAAGUAAAUUUUUAUCGUUUUCCAUAAGCAAAUUUUAAGAAAAGCAAAGCGAAAUUCAUUUUUUCUUUCACCUUAAACAUUAAUUUGAACCUUUUAAAAUUUUAUUAGACAAAAAUUGUGUUUAAAUUUUAAUUAUUAUUAAUUAUUUUUGUCGAAUGAAAUUGUGAUGUUUUCAGAUACGCUUAAUAAAAUGCUACCCUAAAUUAAAAAAUUGUUCUACUUUUACCACAGGUUUUAAAUAAAACUAUUGAGAUUUGGAAAAUAUUUUUUGAUGCACAAAAUAUUUAAAUAACUAAACUUAUAUUGAAAACAUAAAAAUAUUUUCGAGGAGAAUUAUUUGAUUCUCUAUCAGGCUUUAAUAGUUUUUAUGAACCAAUUAAUAUUCCACAAGAAAGAAUUCUUAUUCAUUUUCUAACAAUGUUAAUUAAAAGUAUGAGCAAAUUCUAGACCAAGUCAAUAGGUUAAUUUACUAAAUUUUCUGUAAAGGAAAUUUCUUUUCAGAUAGCUUUAUAAUAAUUAAAAAAUCAUCUUAAAACUUUUUCCCCUAUUUGAAGUUAUCAUCUUUAGUAUGUUAAGUGUCUUACUUCAGAAUGGAAUGAUUUUGUGAAUUGUUAAUAAUACUAGCACAAACUAAUUAUAAAAAUAUAAAUAAUAGCAAAAUAUUGUUUGUAACUAUAAAGGUUUUAGAAUUUGGCUAAAAAAAUAAUAAUACUAUUGAAAUUAUUAGGAAGAUGAUUGAACACCCUUGAAGUUGAAAUUUCUUCAACUUAAACAAGCAUUUUCUAUAUAAUUGAUCCAAAUUUGUGCCAAGAAUAUUCAAUAAAAAUGUCUUUGAUUUUUCCAAGAAGUCAUAAAAUUGGUGAAUUUGAUGAGAGAGACAUUCUUGUAAAAACGCGUCACAAAUUUUCCCAGACGAUAUUUCUGUCGAUAUUGGAAAUUUGUGAGUCCAAUCACCUGCAAAUGCGGCAAAAAUCCAAUUGACGCACAAGAAAUUGCCUAAAAGAAGGAGGAAAAAGCUGACUUUAGAACAAAUUUGGGUAUAAAAGCUGGUGGAAAAUCAAUGGGAAAUCAGUUCAGUCAGUCUUCCGGUUCUAUCACCAGUACUGCAAUCAUCAAACCAGCCAACAUGAAGGUGUUCAUCGUAGUUGCUCUUCUGGCCAUCUGCUCAGUGGCUUAUUGUUCCGAGGAAGUCGUCGAAGAAGCUGCUGCCGUAGCUGAGAAUCCCAGCGAGGAAGUUGCUGCAGAAGACUUGGUACGAGAAGUCCGCUCCAACUAUGGACAUGGUGGCUCAAGCGGUGGCCAUGGAGGCUAUGGAGGUCAUGGAGGCUAUGGAGGACAUGGUGGUCACGGAGGACAUGGAGGCUAUGGCAAGCAGUCUCAUGGCUAUGGAGCACACAGCGGUGGCUCAUCCCACGGACAUGGUGGACACGGAUACCGUGCUGCUGCUAACGCCAAUGCUGCCGCUGCUGAAGAUGGCCCUGCCAUGGCCGAUGCUCCAGCAAAUGCUCAAAGUCAGAGCCAGAGCUACGCCCCACUUGUAGCUUCCUCAUACGGCUAUGGACAUGGAGGACAAGGAGGACAUGGUGGACACUCUGGUCACGGUUACGGACACGGAGGACAUGGUGGACACGGAUACAGUCACGGAGGACAUGGUGGACACGGAUACGGUCACGGAUAUGCCCAUGCUGGACACUCCAAGAGCUACUCAUACGGCUCCCCUGCCCCCCAUGUGCCAUGCGGACACAACCUGCUCUUCGGCUGCCACCCCAGCGUUGCCCCAGUUCCCUGCCACGGACACAGCUACGGACACGGCUAUGGACACCACGGUUACUAAACACUCCACAGAAAACUCCCCGGAAAUGUAUUUUGUACUCCUCUAGGAAUUUUUUAAUAAACUCAAAUCUAAAUGAAA